CAAUCAAAAAGUAAUAACAAUUUGGGUUAUUUGCCAAUUUAAUUUAACAUAUUUAUGUAGUCAAAACAGCAAAAUGAGGCUUAUAUUUUCUUCCAGAGGGGCAAGCCAGCCAAAAACCUCAAAUAAUGUGUUACUUGGGCAACUUCCACCGGGCCUUGUGCACGUCCCUGGAGGUGGUUGAGUGUCUGACAGGCCUGUGGCAGUAAAUCCAAUAGAAAAGGUUGGGAACCACAGCUUUACAAGGUGCAGUUUGCUGAAUAACUGCUUCUCUGUAGUCACGAUGACUUACAGUGACAUAACGCAUUUGAAUCUCACGUAACAGUUCCGAGGGAAAGAUUUCAUAAGUCAGCAUACUGUAAAAGUCAUUGAAACAUCAACAGUAGAUAAGCAAAGACAUGUGGUACACUGUCUGCAAAGGCUCAGCUAUGCCCAUUCUCACUUGCUAUACAAGGUUUGCUUCAGUGUUAAAUUAUUUUUAAAAAUAAUUUAAUUGUUAUAUAAUAUUUUGCAAGACUGAAGGUUGCUGAGCAACACGUGCUGACAUGAGUUUAACUCUGGGCUUCAGGCCAAAGCAUGAAAAUGUUCUACAGAUAUUACAUUGUGAAAGCUAAAAAGUGACAUAUCUGGUUAAAUCAUCAUUAAAGCAGCUCUUUCUAACAAGACAUAUCAAUUUAAGUGCUGCCUCAUCCUUCCUGAAGCACACAGUCCUGGGUUUAAACAUUAAUGGACAUAUUGUUUAAAGGUCAUCCUCUGGCAGCAUCUCCAAAGUGGAAGUCAGUGCCCCGAACAUGGCUGAUUUUGGAGAGGUUCUCCGUAGUAUCGGAGAUUUUGGAUUAUUUCAGAAGAUUACCCUGUUUGCUCUUUGCUUCCCAAAUUUUAUUCUCCCUUUUCAUUUUGCCAGCGUGUUUUUUGUCGAGUCCGAUCCAGAGCGACACUGUAACACAGACUGGAUCCUCAGUGCUGGUCCUAAUCUGACCAUAGAGGAGCAGCUGAACCUGACUCUGCCUCAGGAGGAAGAUGGGAGCUUCAGCAGGUGUCAGAUGUUCGUCCCUGUGGACUGGGACAUCGAUGCCAUCAGAGAAAAUGGACUCAAUGAGACCACCAGGUGUCUGAAUGGAUGGGUGUAUGGAAACAUGCUGUAUGAAGCCACCAUAGUCACUGAUUUUGAUCUAGUUUGUGAACACGCAAAUUUCCUGGAAGUGGCACAGACAUUGUUUAUGGCUGGUAUCCUUGUUGGAUGUCUCUUAUUUGGACCAUUUGCUGAAUCGUUUGGUCGUAAACGAGCGACUCAGGUCCCAGUCGUUCUGAUGGUCAUAUUUUGUUUAACCACUGGACUAUGUCCCAACUUCUACUUAUAUUUGGCUUCCCAGUUCAUGGCAGGAAUUGGCUAUGGGGGAUUUCGAAUGAACGCCAUUAUACUGGCCACUGAAUGGAUCGGGGUGUCCAAACGAUCAUGGGGAGCAUGUCUGCCUCAGUUAUUCGCUGCAGUCGGACAGAUGGCCCUCGCUGGUCUGAUCUACCUCGUCAGAGACUGGAGACUGGCCCAGUUUGUCACUGCAUCUCUGCUAGCAGUGGUCGCAAUUUACAUAUGGUUUAUUCCAGAGUCGGCCAGGUGGUUGUUGAACAGAGGAAGGAUAAACGAGGCCAACCAGCUGAUUACCAAAGCGGCAGCCAUAAACAAGCGCGCUGUUUCCAAAUCUAUGCUGGAAAAGAUUGUUGUCAAAGAAACUAAGACAAAGGGAGGCGCGAUAAUUCUUAUCCAAUCACCUGUGCUUAGGAAGUAUUUCUUUACCGUAAUUUUUGCAUGGUUCUCCCUGAAUGUUACCUACUACUGCCUUUCUUUCAACGUGGGGAAGCUCGGACUGGACGUGUUCAUGACGCAGGCCAUGUUUGGCCUGACUGAACUUCCGGCUCAUAUUAUGAGCAUUUGGCUGUUGGAAGCAGUGGGGAGGAAAGUGUCAUUCAUUUCGACGAUUCUGAUCGGAGGAUUAAUGUGCAUCUUAAUCUUAGCUGUUCCUCAAGGUGAUGCUGUUGCUGUCACCAUAUUAGCAACUGCUGGGCGUUUUUUCACCAACUGGGCAGCAUCUAUAUGCAACGUUUAUGUUCAGGAGCUGUUUCCAACAUCAUUCCGGCAAACAGCCUCCGGUUUGGGCUCCAUUGCCAGCAGAGCCGGUGGGCUGCUGGCUCCGCUGCUUAACAUGUUGGCCAUGUACCACUGGGUCAUUCCCAUCGUCGUCUACAGCACCCUGACUCUGGUCAGCGGAGCUCUCGGCUUCGUGCUCCCUGAGACCAGAAGAAAAGAGCUUCCGGAUUCAACUGACGAGGCCGAGAGCAACAGAAGCAAGGCUACCCUGAAGAAGCAAAGUAAAUCAAAUAAAUCUCCAGAAGCCAAGUCAACCCGUCUGUAAUGCUCAAGCAACUGCCUCCACUCUAUCUUUAUGAAAAGUGCUGAUAUUUAUGGUUUCUUUGUUUUGAUGACUGCACUGAAUCCUCUGAAAUGCUCAAAUUUCCACUUGUACUCCCCACGGAUCAAACUGUCCUCUGAACACUGCCGUGAAACUGACUGUCAUGCUUUCAGUUGUGGACACUUAGUUUGUUUUUGUGUUGCCACCUUCCAGUUAAUCAACUCCAAAUCCAAACCACACUGAUGCUCAAACAAGGUAACAAGCAUCUGAGUGAAACAUUAAUUUUUAUUACCACUUGCUUCACUUCUUCUGUCAGACUUUUAGUCCUUCUCCACGGUGCUGACAAUAGCAGCAAUAAUCAGUCUUUGGGCAGCAUGAACUCGCUGUCUUGGUACUUUUUCUGAGUCACAGACACACAGCAGCUCUCAGUUUGCAUCACAGAAAAAAGUAAUAAUUAGUUGGCAGUGAUUUAAAAUAAAAGACAAUGAAAUGUGUUACAAAAUAAAUAAUGCAUUUUUAAUGUGUGAGAUGUUGCUGCAAUCUCAAGAAGUGUAAAAAUUUGCAUCGCAAAUUGUUACCUAACAGACUUUGUUGUGUCACUUCAAUUAUUUUAUCAAACUGUUUACCGCAUACUUAGUUUUCCUAUUUUGAAUAGGUAGUGUAGCACAUCCAAUAUUAUUUCUGUUUUCAGAGAACUAUUUUCUUCUAGUAUGUAUCAAAUAACAUUUUUUUAAAAGAUCA